GUAAAAAAAAAAAAAACACAAGUGAUGAUACUGUAAGACAGAGCCAGACUGGCGUGGGCACACAUAAUAUCGCCUCUUCCCAACUAGGAGCAAAUUUCGAAGGGUGACUUUACCUCACCAGUGGGGAAAAGAAGAAAUGUCGAAGUGGCUAAGUGACGAAGUGGCCAAAUGACGAAGUGGCCAAAUGACGAAGUGGCUAAAUGACGAAUGGCAAAAUUUUGAAUUAACGCGCGAACCUCUGCCACAUUCCACAUUCCACACUGCUCAUGUGAAAAUUCACAAAGGGGCGUCUUUUUUUUUCAUUUAAAUUAUUAUUAUUUUUUUUUUUAAAAUUUCGCGCACCCCUACCUUCCUUACAUUGCCGGUGUGCACGCGGGCCCUCCACUCCUUCGCCCCUCCAACAAAUAACGUGCAAAUAACGUUUGCCAUGUGUAUUGUGCCAACAGAGGGUUCACUUCCGUCUUUGAGCGCGCACGGCAGAAACGGGGCACGCAGAUUGAUGUCGCCCGAGUGACUCCGCGCCAGUGUGACUCCGCGCCAGUGGACAGCUGGGCCAGUUAAUUGGAAUAAUUUCGACCACUCCACCUACACCGCUCCUCUACACCGCUCUACCGGAACCAUGUUGAAGCGCCAGCUCGCCAACCUGCUGCUCGUGCUGUCCCUGCUGCGGGGCAUAACGCACACACAGAUGGCCAAAGGAGAGGUCAAGUACGUCCCGCCAGAGGAGCUGAACAAAGACGUGUCCGGAUUUUUCGGGUUCAAAUGUAACUUCUCCAGUAAAGGAGUCCACAACUUAGAACCCAUUUUGACGGAAAAAAGGUCCCUCGUCUGUAGCAUCUACUCCUACUUCAUCUAUGACAAAAUAAAGUUAACCAUCCCGAAGAAGAUCCCAGGAUCUAAAUUUAAAAUGCUACCAGAAAAAUGCUUCCAAACGGUGUAUACAAAUUAUGAAAAAAGGACAGAGGAAAAAAUAGAAAAUAUGGGCUUGGUAGAAUACGAAGUGAAAGAAGAUGAUUCUAACUCAGAAUACACAGAAAAAAUUCUGACCAUUUCUCCCUUCAACACAAAGGAUGUUGAAUUCUUUUGCAUUUGCGACAAUUCUGAAAAUGUCAUAUCCAAUGUGAAGGGAAGAGUGGCCUUGGUUCAAGUGAACGUGUUGAAAUACCCCCACAAAAUUACCUCCAUCAAUUUAACAAAGGAACCAUAUUCUUACCUACCUAACCAGGUAGAUAAGACCUCCUUCAAAUCACAUAAAUUGGACUUAGAGCUUCAAGAUGGAGAGUUGGUUGUCUUGGCAUGCGAAAAAGUGGACGACAAAUGUUUCAAAAAGGGAAAGGACACUUCUCCCCUUUCUCUAUAUAAGAGCAAAAAAAUCGUUUACCAUAAGAAUCUUUCCAUUUUUAAAGCACCCGUGUAUGUAAAAUCUGCGGACGUGACCGCAGAAUGCUCCUGUAACGUUGACAGCACGAUUUACACUUUGUCCUUAAAACCGGUGUAUACUAAAAAGCUCAUUCAUGGCUGUAAUUUCUCUUCAGAUAAAUCUACACACAAUUUUACAAAUCAUGUAGAUAUGGCUGAACUUGGUGAAAAUGCACAAAUUACCUGCAGCAUAGAACUGGUGGAUACUUCCUAUAACCACUUGAUAGGAAUGAGUUGCCCUGGGGAAGUUCUGCCCGAGUGCUUCUUUCAAGUGUACCAAAGAGAGUCCCCAGAAUUAGAGCCUUCCAAAAUUGUCUACCUAGAUGCUCAACUGAACAUUGGAAAUGUAGAAUAUUUUGAAGACAGCAAGGGAGAGAAUAUCGUAAAAAUUUUUGGCCUCGUUGGAAGCAUCCCCAAAACGACUUCCUUCACUUGCAUCUGCCGAAAGGGCAAGAAAAUUGGCUACAUGUCCGUUAAAAUUGCCGCCGGCUACUUUGGCUUCCUCGCCAAGAUUUUCAUCCUCCUCAUUGUGCUCCUCCUGUUGUACUUCUGA